GCGCAGCAGAGCCAGGCGAGUGUGCGGCGGCCAGGAGGCAAGAUGGCAGCCGGUCAGAAUGGCCACGAGGAGUGGGUGGGCAGUGCAUACCUGUUUUUGGAGUCUGCGGUAGACAAGGUGAUCCUGUCUGAAGCCUACACGGAUCCCAAGAAGAAGGUGGCAAUAUACAAGGCUCUGCAGACUGCACUGUCAGAGAGUGGGGACAGCUCUGACGUACUGCAGAUACUCAAGAUCCACUGCAGCGACCCUCAGCUCAUCGUCCAGUUGCGGUUCUGCGGGCGCGUGCUGUGCGGCCGCUUCCUCCAAGCCUACCGCGAGGGGGCGCUGCGCACCGCGCUGCAGAGGUGCAUGGCCCCGGCGCUUGCCCAGGAAGCGCUGCGGUUGCAGCUGGAGUUGCGUGCAGGUGCGGAGCAGCUGGACAGUUGGCUGACUGAUGAAGAGCGCUGUUUGAAUUACAUCUUAGCCCAGAAGCCCGACCGGCUCAGGGACGAGGAACUCGCGGAGCUGGAGGAUGAGCUCUGCAAACUGACGUGUGACUGCACUGGCCAGGGUGGAGCCAUACAGGUAGCUUCUGCAGGUUCGAAGUUCCCGGUUUCCUCUCCGACCGAGGAGAAACCACUGCCGGCCGCCUGCCAGACUUUUCUGUUCCACGGGCAGCUCGUAGUGAACCGGCCACUGACUCUUCAAGACCAGCAGACGUUUGCGCGCUCGGUGGGUCUCAAGUGGCGCAGGGUGGGGCGCUCGCUGCAGCGUAACUGUCGGGCACUGAGAGAUCCUGCCCUCGACUCGCUGGCCUACGAGUAUGAGCGUGAUGGGCUAUACGAGCAGGCCUUCCAGCUGCUGCGCCGUUUCAUGCAAGCCGAGGGCCGCCGUGCCACACUGCAGCGCCUGGUGGAGGCGCUGGAGGAGAACGAACUCACUAGUCUAGCAGAGGAUCUGUUGGGCCAGGCGGAGCCGGAUGGCGGCCUGGCCUAAGUCUAGUACUGUGGGGAAGGGCGGCCAACCAGCAGUUCAGUGUUUGAAACCCACGGGUGGCUGUUGGGGUAUUUUUUUACCGCUGAUGUUGCUACUGCUGACCACUUUCCAUCUACUGGACUUGGAGAGCAUACGCACGCCCCACCUAGCUGAGCUGCUGGAGUGCAACUAACUGCCCCUCCCCCCGCCCCCCAGGAGCCAGGCAAGCAGCGCAGGGGUAAAUCACUGAUGAUCAUACAAAAAGAGGACUUGCUGCAAAGACCCUCUAAGUACCCGGACCUUCUGAAACCUAGCUCAAGGUGCUACAAAAACUGUCGGGAGCAGGAUGCACGAUUUUCCCCGCCCUUGGCAUAUACUCAUCGUGGGACCGAAGCACCUUGUCUGCAGCGAUAAUAAAAUGUAACUCUUUU